AUGAAGUAUUUAUUGUCGCUAUCAAGAAACCUAUAACCUGAAAAUGCACUUUUGAAUGCAACUCUAAACUUCCGAGAUUAGGAUGUUCAGAACAGUUUUAAUGCUUUCCAGAAAAAGUUAAAUAAAUGUCCAAUGAUUUUAAUAGAAACCUUUAAAAUGCUUUUGGAGUUUGCUUUGGCUAUUUCAGCAAUAGUUAAAGACAAUUAGUCAGUUGAAUCAUAAAUCCUGAUAGUUUUUCCGUUGUCAAGUCUGCUACAGAUAUGGAGUAUGUUAAGGAACUCAACAUGUAAUGAUUAUUGGAAAAUCAUUCAUGUUGUAACAAUUCUGAUCUAUUUAAGUUUGUAUGUUGAUUAAUUCAUGAUUAACGGAUAUGUGUAAUUAUAUUAUAUGUAUGUUACUCAAAGUUUAAACAACAAGAAAUACCUAAUAUGUUACUUUACAAUAAUGUAAUUUACUUAUUUGUAUUUUGAUAAUAUUUUUGAUUGGAUCCUAUUACCUUUUGAAUGGAUGUUUAUUCUUGUAAUAUCCAUUUGUAUUUAUUUGAGAGAGAGAAGGAAAUUAAUCUAUUUUUUUGAGAAAUUUAAUUUUAGUCAUGAUCUUUCAUAUUAAGAGGUAGUGCUUAACCAUAGCCUACAAUAGAACUUGUUUGUUAUUAAGUUGAAUUUAGAUUAAAAUAUAUAAGAUUAAUUUGAGGUACUAUUCGUCAAUUAGGCUUGUAACAAGGAAUUUGCUAAUAUUGAAAGCAUUUACCAAAAAAUUAAUCAAAUAUAGAUUAUCAAUUGUAAUGAGUCCAAUAUUUCUUAAUGCAAUUUAAAAGUCAAUUUAACUCAAGAACUCUUUUUAAAUAAUUUAAAAGCAACAGGAGAGUAAAUCAAUAUGAUUGACAAUCCUUAGUCUUUAAAUUAAAUUCUCUAUUAAUACAUGAAUAACUCUUAAAACAAAGAACUUCAAGAAAGUCUGCCUUUAAAAUUAACAGGAUUAAUGUGUAAUAAUCAUCAUUAAACUUAUGAUAUUUUAGUAUCUCCAUGUAUUUGGAAAUACUAAAAAUGCUUUGUAGUUUCUUUGAUAGAAAUAACAGAUAGAAUCAAAAUAUCUUAGCUUGAAAAGCUAGAUUAAUAUAAAGACAAUGUGUUGGCUACAGUUAGUCAUGAUUUGAAGAAUCCAAUAGGUGUUGUUUAAUCUAUGAUAACUUUAGUAUAGGAUAGUUUAUAUGAAUUGUCUGAGAUGGAAACUAACCCAGAAAUACUUGAAAAAAUUCAGUCCUGUUGCAAUUAUUUAGAGAUGUGCUAAACAAAUGUAUAAAUACUACAAUCCUUUGUUAAUGAUUUAUAAGAUUUCUCAUAAAUUAAAUAAUAGAAGUUAAAGCUAGCCAUUAGUGAGUUCGAUAUUUAAUAAUUGAUUCAAGAUGUAAAAAAUGUAUUUCAUAUCUAAACACAAAAGAAGAACUUAUAGCUAGACAUUGUCUCUAAACUAAAAUCUACUUAAGUUUUAAAUAAUGAUCCUCUAAGAAUUAAGUAAGUUCUCUUUAAUUUACUAUCAAAUGCCAUUAAAUUCACAUCAAAAGGAAAAAUAUCCAUUAUCUUUUCUGAUGAACCUAUGGAUAUUUGCAAAUUUUGCAGUAAUGUUAAAGAAUAAAUUAAUACUAAUAAAUCAGUAGUUGAUAUUGAUCCUCUAAUUCGAAACCAAUUAAGGUUAAUUCUUUGUACAGUUUAUGACAGCGGAAGCGGAAUGACCCAAGAAAUUUAAAGAAGACUUUUCAGAAACUUUGCCACUUAUGACGAUGAUAACAACACAAACAAGUAGAGUAUUAGUAUAAAAAGUUAGAAAUGGUGUUGGUUUAGGAUUGAUCAUCUGCAAGCAGCUGUGUGGGUACAUUGGACCUUUGUAGUACAUUUAUCUAUAAUCAUAAGUUGGAGUUGGUUCAACUUUUUAAUUCGUCAUUUAUAAAAAUUAUGAUAAAUAGAAUUCUUAAUAUUAGGAUUAGUUUAGUGUCGAUUCCAUUGAUUACGAUAUAUCAGUGCAUUCUCCAAAUAAAAAUAUGCUUAGUACAAACCAACUUACUCCAUUCCAUAAAAAACUUAACAAAAAAGAUAAAUUAUAAGUCUUAAUCGUAGAUGAUGAGUCUUUUAAUAAUAUGCUAUUAAAAUUAUAGUUAUCAAAAAUAGGAAUCUAUAAGGUAGAUACUGCCUUUGGGGGGCAAGAAGCAAUAGAUUUGGUAAUGAAACGGUGUUAUGAUAUUGUAUUUUUGGAUUUCAACAUGCCAGGAAUGAAUGGGUUAUAAUGCAUUAAUGAAAUCAAACGAAUAAGUCCAACUACUAAAAUCUACAUGUUGACUGCUUUUAAUGAUAUAAAGACUCGACAAAAUUGCCUUAGCGCUGGUGCCGAUAAAAUUCUACAAAAGCCAUCAACCUCCUAAGAUCUUAAACUAUUGUUUAUUUGA